AUUAGCUCACUGGUCAUACGCACUCCUUCCCAGAGAUCAGCCAUGCCUCUUGACUUUAAUUCUAUCGCGGCCAGCAAGCGAACCAUACCAGGCUUACCAGCCAAAUCAGCUUCAAAGUUCUACGACCUCUAUCCUCUCCGACUCUCCCCUACCCUUGAACGUGGAGUGGACUAAUCACCAAUUGGAAACUUUUUGUGUGGAUUUAGCCUCGCGCUGGAGGGUUCAGAGGAAAGCUAUCUGGGAUUUCAUGGUAUUGAUUUGAGAGGUCGUAACCCGUGUUGUACAACCAGGAAGAGAUGUCACUUCCUUGCAAUAGGAGAUCGAAGCCGAAACAAUGCUUCAUGCAGGAUAGUCAUACCCUGUUGAAUGUCAUCCAUAUGCAUAUGGAGCUGAAAAAGAAGAAUAUUGAGGAAUUGAUGGAAAGGUUUGGAAAUGAACAACCGCCACCUGCAAUAUUUCUUGAGGAAUACCAAGACUUGACAGAUCAACUGAGCGAGUUACAAGUUGAAGAACAGAGGAUAAACAAUGAGAUGAGCAAUGGCCACACCUCGCCCAAUCUCCAGACCACACCCCCUCCAGAACCGUUAGACCUACAUGCGCCCUUCUCCAGCAAACACAAUCUUGCUCCUCCCCUCAAAAAGGAAUUCGCCAACCAGCAGCACCCCAAGUCGCCGCUUAGCCAAUCAGUGAGGGCUUUCUUGCCAAAUCAGCAGAGGACAUCGGUACUGGCCAAGUCCGGAACCACCCUCAAAUAUUCUUUGUCCAGAGCUAUGAAGAUGAGGGAGUUGAAGCCAGAGAUGUGUAUAGUUUACCGAGUCAAUCCCAGGAUGGUUCUGAGCUGGGAUACAGAUAUGAUGUACCUCGCUGGAGAAGAGAUAUCUGUAGAGUUGAAAGCACAGAAUUUCCCAGCGCCAAGUAGCAUAUCACAUAAUUUUGUCAGAAAAACCUUCUUUGCAAUAGCCUUUUGUGACAGCUGUCAGAAGCUGCUGUUCCACGGCUUCCGAUGUCAGACGUGCAGCUACAAAUUCCACCAGCGGUGUGCUAACAAAGUGCCCACAAUAUGCACCUCCACGACGGGAGACAACCUUUACAAGCUAUUAUUGGCAUUGAGGAAAGAAGAGGACUACAAUGACUAUCAAGAUCCCUUCCCUGACGAACCCGAAUCACCGUCAUCAGAUGAUCAAGAUUUCCCAAGGAAUACGUUACCACGGGAACGUUCCACGUCCGCACCUAAUAUCUGCCAAAAUGCAGUUAACGUUCCUGGUAAACAGUUUGAUAGUGAAGCCUUUUCAAGAUUUGCUUUCCCAGUAAAACCUUCUCUAAAUCCAGAAAUUCAGAUAAAUGGACACCCUGCUCCUAGUGCUGCUGUUAACAUCCAUGGGGCUUACGGUGGACAUGGCAAAGUGCUAACCCCGAACAGUGCCGUUCAGGAUGGCGUCUUUGAUUAUGACCCCACUAACAUCGCCAACGGUUUAGCAUCUAGUUUACCAAACACUACGAACAUGAUAGUGCACAGUCCCAAAAGAGAGUCUGGAUCGCACAGUUCCCAGCCCUCCCCCACCCAUCAGCCCAAGUGGAAGCAUGUCCUUUCUGGGUCCGACUCUUCUAAGGAUAACAAGAUCAAACCUGCCACGUUACCACAUAAGAGGACAAGAAGAGAUUCCAAUGAUGACUGGGAGAUACCAGCCGAUGAGAUUAGGUUAGGAUCAAGAAUAGGAGCAGGGUCAUUUGGAACUGUCUUCAGUGGACAAUGGCAUGGUUCUGUAGCAGUGAAGAGAUUGAAUGUCAAGGAUCCAACCCCAUCACAACUACAAGCAUUCAAGAACGAGGUUGCUGUACUUAGGAAAACGAGGCAUGCCAAUAUUCUGCUAUUCAUGGGAUGCACCUCCAAGCCCCAGCUAGCAAUCGUCACCCAGUGGUGUGAAGGCUCGUCGCUCUACAAACAUCUCCAUGUUCUAGACUCCAAAUUUGUCAUGCAUCAGCUUAUCGACAUCUCAAGGCAAACAGCACAGGGUAUGGACUAUCUCCAUGCAAAGAAUAUCAUCCAUCGAGAUCUGAAAUCAAACAAUAUCUUCCUGCAUGAUGACCUAACAGUGAAGAUAGGUGACUUUGGUCUAGCUACAGUCAAAUCAAGAUGGAGCGGUUCACAACAAUUUGAGCAGCCAUCAGGGUCAAUACUUUGGAUGGCACCUGAAGUGAUUAGGAUGAGAGAUCCCAACCCCUACUCAUUCCAGUCUGAUGUCUAUGCAUUCGGAGUGGUUCUCUUCGAGUUAGUCACACAAUCCUUGCCCUAUCAGAACAUCAAACACAAAGAUCAGAUCAUCUGGAUGGUCGGGCGUGGGUACUUACAGCCCGAUCUGACCAAGGUUCGUAAUGACACCCCUAAAGCACUCAAGAGACUCAUUACAGAUUGCUAUGCUCUCAACAGAGAUGAGAGACCAUUGUUUCCUGUGAUUUUGGCAGCAUUGGAGAGCUUGGCCCGGCAGCUACCCAAGAUCCACCGCAGUGCAUCGGAGCCUUCGUCGCUAAAUCGGGCAAGGUUGCAUUCGGACGAUUUCAUGUACUGUCCCUCCCCCAAGACCCCCAUUCAAAGCCAAUUCGCUGUCUUCCCAUUCGACAUGCGGGGAUGAUGACCGUCUCUUCUGUGACGAACUCUGACAUCGAAACUGACGUCCGACUAAACACCCAAUUUGUGGAAACAGAGUAUAUGAUGACGUGACUUGUGGGACAUUUAUCUUGGAACUUAUUGACAGAUAGUGUUAACACUAUAGCCAAUGGAGAACGAUAAAGAUGUCUGUUUGUAUGGUAGCAGUAAAAGCAGACAUUCUUCAGGAGCGGACGUAUGCUACCCUGUAUUUCUGGCACCCUAGCUAGGACAAAUCAAGAUGACGUGUGAACGUGAAUUUUGAGGUAGAAGUUGUGCAAUGACGAGAGAACAUGCUUCAUUACGUAACAUAAUUCUAGGAUUGAAACAAACAAAAUCAGAUGAGGACGAUGCGCACCAGAGAUGAAUUACUUUCUGCAUCACUUUCCUGAGAGCCGUUCUGUACGAGGUUUGAUAAAAGGAUAUGCACGGAUCGUGAAAGGAAAAUUGAUGAAUAGAACAGGAAAAUGCUUCAUGAGCGGGUUGAGAAACAAACAAGGCAGGUUGAUCAGAAGAAAGCCGAAUUAUUCUCUAUAAACGCAACAGCAACAAUCAUCAAACUUGGCGAAGGUGAAAGUUUGGAGAUGUGCUAUGUGGCGAAAUGGAGACCGGAUCAUGGAGCUCAUCUGUAGAUUUUUCAUGAAAAUUAUCAAUGGUCAAGUUUUUAGAGGAAAGCACACUCACUCACACACACACACACACUACGCAUCUGAUUGAAGUAAAAUAUUUCAUGUAGAUCAUUAUAUACAAAUUUCUCGACAUAUAUGUAUGUUUUUUAUGUAGAUUAGAAAGGUCAAGGUUCACUAAUAAUAUGUGCGGACUGUUGAUUGAGAUGUAUUGUGUGCUGCUGAGGCAGAAAGUUAAAUUGAAAAGCUAGUGACUAUCGGGGGAAUGAUUUAUUUGUUGUAAAUGAAUUAAGUUAUGCUCAACAGUCACCCUUGACAUAAACACUGCAGACAUCAUUGCAAUUUCAGUAUACAUUGGACAAUUUCAACGUGUUAAUUGAAAACUUUUGAAACAAAUCUGUCUGAAAUUCUAUCCUCAUUUGUCACAGAUGUACUUUUGAUCCAAUUUUAUUCCAUUGCAUUAAUCAUGUUACAAUCGAUAAACACUUGCAUAAUUCCGUUGCAAGAUAAAGGCUAGACAAUUGGGCCGAUUCACAGUACGGUGCGCCAUCUAUCGGUUGCAGCGGACAGGCCGAAAUUCGCAAUGCCCCACGGGAAAAAGUUGACAUCUGUUGCACGCGCUGGUAUUAAAGUGCAUGCAUGCUUGCAUGCGAUUAUCCAGCGCUGGCCGACGCGGUUCGACCCGAACUGCUGUUUACAGGGGUCCAAGAGGUAGGAGAGAAAUUUAUUGAGCGCCUAUUUCUAUGCGAAAUUGAGACCAUUCUAGGUGAAUUCCUGCCAUAGGGUUUUCAUGUUAGAAGGCUAACAGUACCAUUAUAGUACACCAGCACUGCCUGCACCUUUGGGCGAUGUCUUCCCUGACAUUAGAAAUUUUGCCUGUUUGCUGCAACCGAUAGAUGGCACACCGUAUUGUGAAUCCACCGAAUUAUGAGCGUUUUUCCUUUAUCUGUCUAAACGUGAUCACUCACUAUCCGCUCUGAAUAUAAUAUCUUGGGCCACUGAUAUUUCUCAAAUUUUCAUAAUUGUGAAAAAAUGAAAAUUUAUUUUGUAUCUGUUUCAAUAGAUAUUAAACACAUAUGAUGCAAAACACAGCACAGAGUGAAUCCCCCCCCAAAAAAAAAAAAAAAAAAAACUUUCACAUUCAAAGAAAAAGGCGAAAAUGAAACGUAAAAUUAUGUCCUUGAAAUCUAACUUUUUCAAAUAACAAUACCAUAUUUUUAUAUCAUAAGUGUAAUCUGAAAGAAUGUUUUUAACAAAGGAUAAUUUUUCAUUAUCUUUCUUGAAAACACUUUAAAAAUAAGUUUACAUGCGUAUUAAAGUGUACAUGAAAUUAUACACAACUUAUCUAAAGGUGUUCCUUAUUCAAAUAAAAUAGCUAUGAAUCCUUGAAGUAAUGUCAUGUUUUUUUUUGUUUUUUUUAAUAAUGAGACAAAAAGUAGGCAUUCAGAUUUGCUCAUGUAGAAAAAUACCUAAUAUAGUCUCAUCUGUGCAUAAUGUAUUUUAUAUAUAUUGUAUGUAGGUAGAAAAGAUGUGUGUACAUUUAUUGAAAUUCACUGGCAUUCUAGAAUUGAUAUUAGUUUCUCUGCCAUCUGGUAUCUUUAUAGAUUUGGGCUGGUCCCAACGAUUGAUAAAUUUGAAGAUAUUUGAGAGUAUAACGGGAGAGGGAAAGAGAGACGGGGAGAGAGAGAGAGAGAGAUGAGAGAAAGAAAGCAUCUAUUUUUUAUUCUAUGUUGUGGUCCUUUUACCCAUUUGAAUGAAUGGUAUCUUCUGCCUGUGCUGUAUAUAUAUCUCUUUAUAUACAUCAUUGUUCCCAUACAUCUCACUUUAGUGGGAAGUGCCAUAUGAAUUAAAUUAAUUCAAAAUAGGAAUUAAAAGGGCAAGUAAAAGAGUUGCUAGAUAUGCCAAGCUUUUCCUGACCAGAAAUUUGUAAAAGCAACCAAUGUUGUGUCACGUAAAGUAAAAAAAGAAGUAUGAUAAAUUCAACAUUGCAUUAAUGUAUUUUGUAUGAACAAUGCAUAUUGUAAUUGUAAUAGUCGAUGUAACACGAUUUCCAAGCAGAUAUGUAAUAACAAAGUAAUUUAUUUUGGUAUGUUCAGUAAUAUUCUCUUGAAUCCAUUCUUAUUUACAACCCAUCGUUGGAUUUGAUAUACUAUAUUUAUUAUUUAUUUCAUAUUUAUUGCAAAAAUGACAAGUUUAUAUUUGAUUAAAAUGUUCAGCUCACUAGAAAGAGUGAAGCCAGGGUCUUCAUGACAGACAUAUUCACACAAAUUGGAUAUUAUGUAGAUUUGUUGAAUAACCCCUAUAUUUAAAAAGAACAAUGAAUUCUAAGUAAAUGUUUUAUUUUCAUAUGAACAAGGUCACCAACAUUUCUCAUCAUUAAUACCAUUUUUGGUAACAAUGUGGCCGCUGUGGCAUGUAAUGAUUUUAAAUGAUUUUUAUCCUGGGUCGAAUAGUUCAGUCAAUGUGGCUAUAUCCUACAUGUUUGGCCUUCAAUAAAUAAUAAAUAAAAUGAUGAUGAUGAUGUGGUAGUAAUAGUAAUUUUUUUAAA